CGAUACUUGUUGACCGGCGAACAGCUGUUUUUGCAAUUGUUAUGAAAUUUUCAUAAACCUUGACGAUGUUGCGUUUGUUGACAAAAACUCGUGCUGUCAGAUCACUGCUGCCUGCAGGUAGCAUUCGUUUCUAUGCACAAAAAGGGCCCAGUGGCGGAGGCAUUAAGUCGAACGACGACGACCCGACAAUCAGCAAUGAGCCAAUUAAGUUCUUUGGCAGCCAGGCGGCCACUUGGCGGGCACGCGACACACGCAGUGGUGGCAGCGAGGAAUCCCUGUGGUAUCAGCCCUACGUAAUCUCCGCCAGCUUAGCGGUAUUUCUGUUCUACUUUUGUAUUCUGCGCGAGGAGAGCGAUAUUGAUCUGCGUUUGGAGGGCAAUCUUUAUGAUCAUGUCAGCGGCUUGGAGCAGGUGCAGCUCACAGUCAAUUACACAUACAAUAAGGAGCACGGGCUGGACACCAAGGAGCAGGAGAAACGCCUCACCGAACUUGGCGUCGACAUUAAAGAAUUGAAUGCCAAAUUGGCUGCACAAUAGCUUAAAACAAUUAGUUGUAUUUGUGAUGUUUUUUUGUUAAGCAAAAUGGCUAAAUAUAUUAUUUAAAAGAUA